CGUGGCUCGAGCAUCCUCGCAGAGCGGCCAGAGGAGCUGGAGAGCCCGUUCCAGACUGCCGUGUUUGUUUCGAUACGAGCUGUGCGAGGUGUUCAGGAACCGACCUGAAGUUCACCUCGACUCUCAUAUGCGGACUCCGAGACCAGGACGACGGCGGUGCGUUGGUCCUAUCAGGUGCCAUGAUGGCUAGAGUGACGGACAUCCCGCCUUCCUACUAUGGUGAACCACUCAAGUUUGACCCAAACUUCAGGGGCCCUGUUCAGAACAGACGGUGCACUGAUGUGGCCUGCUGUGUUAUCUUUGUCACCGUUAUCCUCGGCUACACUGUUCUGGGUACCGCUGCCUGGAUCCAUGGUGACCUCAGGAAGAUUGUCUAUCCGACUGACAGCCAGGGUCAGUUCUGUGGCCAGCAGAACACAACUAAUGUAAACAAAGCCAUAUUAUUCUACUUCAACAUGCUUAAAUGUGCCAAUCCUGCGGUUUUAAUUAACCUCCAGUGCCCAACAACUCAGCUCUGUGUCUCCAAGUGCCCCGACAGAUUUGCCACUCUCCUGGAUGUGUCGAGUACCAACAACUGGGACUAUUACAAGCAGUUCUGUAAGCCUGGGUUUAACCCUGGCAGUAAGUCAGUUGCAGAUGUCAUACGUGAUGAAGACUGCCCCUCUAUGAUUGUGCCAAGCAGACUGUUCCUUCAGCGGUGCUUCCCCGAUUUCAACACAAGAGAUGGAAUUUUACGUGUCGCCAAUCAGACCACCUUUAAAGAUGGAAAUAAUAACAAAAGAAGCGUCAACGACCUCAAAGAUGCUGCCAAAAGUAUCGCCAGUCUGCUGAAUGCCAAAGAAGUUGGCAUGAAGAUCUUAGAGGAUUUUUCAAACUCCUGGAUGUGGAUCCUUGUAGGCCUGGCGAUAACGAUAGUGGUCAGUCUGCUUUUCAUCCUCCUGCUGCGCUACAUAGCUGGUUUGAUAGUGUGGCUCGUCAUUAUCGGCGUCGUCUCUGCAGUCGGAUACGGUAUCUGGCAUUGUUACUGGGUGUACACCACUCUGAGCAAGAAGCCAAACUCUAACAUCUCCAUCUCUGAUAUCGGCUUCCAAACAGACCUCAGCAUUUACCUUGAGAACAGUCAGACGUGGCUCAUCUUCAUAAUCUUCCUCUGUGUGACUGAGGCCAUCAUCGUGGUUUUGAUGAUGUUUCUAGCAACAAGGUUAAGCAUCGCUAUAACACUACUGAAGGAGGGAAGCAGGGCCAUCAGUCACAUCAUGUCUACUCUCUUCUACCCUCUCAUCACCUUUUUACUUCUGGCCAUCUGCAUAUCUUACUCUGCUGUCACAGCAGUCUUCUUGGCAUCUUCAGGUAAGGCGGUCUACAAGGUGAUGCCCACUGAUGAUCAGUGCAUGUAUGCAAACCUCACAUGCAGUCCAAAGACCUUCAGUCAAACCAAUAUUACCAAAGUUUGCCCAGGAGCCCAGUGUCUGUUUGCUUUCUAUGGUGGGGAGAGUGUGUACCACCACUACAUCUUAGUCCUCCAUCUGUGUAACCUGUUUGUGGUCCUGUGGCUGGUCAAUUUUAUCUUCGCCUUGGGCCAGUGCACUCUGGCGGGGGCUUUCGCCUCCUAUUAUUGGGCCUUGAAGAAGCCAAAGGACAUCCCUCCCUGCCCACUGUACUCCUCAUUUAGCAGAGCCAUACGUUAUCACACAGGUUCUCUGGCUUUUGGUUCUCUGAUCCUGGCUUCAGUGCAGAUGGUCCGAGUUGUUCUUCUGUACCUGGAUCGUAAAUUAAUAGGUUCUCAAAAUGCUGUAGCUCGAUUCUUUCUUUGUUGUUUCAAGUGCUGCUUCUGGUGCCUGGAACGUUUCAUCAAGUUUCUGAACAAAAAUGCAUACAUUAUGAUAGCAAUAUAUGGAAAGAACUUUUGCAAAUCUUCCAAGGAUGCAUUUUCUCUCUUGAUGAGGAACAUUGUGAGGGUGGCUGUAUUGGAUUGCGUCACAUGGUUCCUGUUGUUCAUGGGGAAACUACUCAUUGCAGGAGGUGUCGGUUUUCUGGCCUCUUAUUUCUUCUCACGGAAAUUACCCUUUUUUCAAGAAGAGGUGCCAACACUUAAUUACAUCUGGGUCCCUCUUGUGAUGGUGACGGUUGGAUCCUACAUGAUUGCAAAUGGAUUUUUUAACGUCUUUGGCACAUGUGUGGACACACUGUUCCUGUGCUUUUGCGAAGACCUGGAGAGGAACGACGGUUCCUCCUCCAGGCCCUACUACAUAUCCCCAGGCCUGCACAAGAUCCUCCGAAAAGGAGAGGAGCGUGCCAAAUCCUGUGCUUCCUCCUGAGCGACGAGCAGUUUGUUUUCCCGGACGGUUGAUUCUCGCUCCAUAUCUGCUCGGUGUGCGCGGGGAGGUCUGCAGAUUUGAGAGCAAGCACUCUAGGGCUAAACGACCAAACUGGAUGCAACUCAGCCAGGUUCAGGAGCUGAACAUGAAGGGGGARGUGCUGUUUCUUAAAGUCCAGGGCAAUGAGGACUUGGGUGGGGUUGGGAAUAAAAAGAGACUUACUUCCUCUCAUGAGACGCUUGCCUUUUUGUCUGCUACGCUUUUUUUUUCUUAUUCACACUCCUGUUUUCUUCUCUGUAAUCUCUGCCUUACUGAGAGGACAUGACACGUAACGUGGAUGCACGAGCUGAGACGAAGGUUUUUUACCUAAACAACACCACCUUGAAUUGUACAGAUGCCAGUAAUGGACAAAGGUMUCACCCUAAAAGAUGGUGAUUCUCCUGGGCCCCUCUCUCUUCGCACUUUGGUCUCCUGGUGAAAAACGAGAUUCUGCUUUCACUUGUUUCUUUUGUGUAGCAUGGUUAUUUAACUGGCUGUUGAUUAGUUUUUAUAGGUUGCUUCAGUUCACUUUCAUUUUGCUCAGAAACGCACAAAAAAAAGUGAAUUCUGCCAUUAGUUGCAGUGUUUUUUUUUUUUACUUUCUUUGCUACACAAUCAUUUCAGUUUUCCUUUUGCUCAUAGAUGUACUGUAACCCAGAAAGAGACUCUGUGGGAGGUCAAGACUACAAUAUUCAUCUUUAUAAUGCUUCAUCUCUGAACAGAACCUGAACAUUUUCAGGACAUCUGAAUGCAGCCACUAGUUUAUGUGCCUAGAUGUGAGAAAAAAAAGAAAAAAAAACUUGUUCCUCCCGCUCUGUGGUUUUAGACCUAACACCAAGAACCUUUGCGGUGAUGUUUCUAAAAGGAUUUUUAAGCCAUUUUUGGUAUUUUUCUUUUCUUUUUUUUUAAAACUUGGUUGCUUCAGAUGUUGUGCUGUUUUAAUACUCAAUAUGAUACACACGUCUGUCUGAAGGUUAUUUCUUUUUGUACAGCGAGUUUUUUUAGGUGUGAAUACAAUAAAAAUGUGAAUACUUGUUUUUGAAUAAACCUGAAUGGUUCAAA